AUGGAAUUCGCCAACGGAGGGGAGCUGUUCACGCAUCUGCAGAAGAGCGGUACAUUCAGUGAAGCGCGUUCACGAUUUUACGGAGCGGAGAUUGUGCUUGCUCUGGGAUAUUUGCACAGUCUUUCGAUUGUCUAUAGGGAUAUGAAGGAGCUGAAAUACUCGUUCCAAACGGCUGAUCGUCUAUGCUUUGUGAUGGAAUUCGCUAUUGGCGGGUCAUCUGUAUUACCAUCUGAA